AUGAAGGAUAUGAAUAAGAAAAGAAAAAUAGAUGAGGCAGGAAGCAGUAACUUGACUUCCAAGGAAGAAGAACUUAGACUUCUCAUUGAACCUCUUGCCAAACCUGUACUCGUUAAUCUUCUCUCUAAACUAGGUUCCAAAGACCCUUCAAUUGCAGCAGAGAUAGAAACUAUUGCAUAUGGUGAUCAUGUCCAUAGAAAGCUUUUUGUUCGUGACUUGUCCUUGAAUACCACUUCACAAUCUUUGUGUAAUGCAUUUAAAGAGUAUGGACAAAUUGAGCAUGCGAAGGUGAUUGUUAAUGAAGGCACUAAGAAAUCACGUGGAUAUGGAUAUAUUCUUUACAAAGAUGUGAAAUCGGCUAAGAAAGCAUUGCAUGUACCUAGCAAGUUAAUCGAUGGAAGAUUGACUCUAUGUAUGUUAGCUAGUGAUGAGGUCACAAGAAAAAUUAGUGAUACUACUCUGAGAAAGCUUUUUAUUGAAAACUUAUCACCACAAGUAACAAAUGGCAUGCUGCACAACUAUUUUAAGGGGCAUGGUGAUAUUGAGGAAUGUUCAGUUGUAUAUCACAAGGAUUCGAAACUAUCACGUGAAUAUGGCUUCGUUACAUACAAGACAGUAGAGGCUGCAAAGAAUGCCAUAAAAGACCUAAAUAAAAGCAAUCUUGAGGGAAGACGUAUAAAUGUAGAAUAUGCUUAUCCCAACAAGGGUGGAGGUGGUCAGUCAUCUGUUCCUCCAAUGGCAGCCUUACCUGUGCCACCAGGAUAUACAUAUCCCCAAACUGCUGCACUAUAUGCUGCACCUCCUUAUACAUACCCUCAAACGGCUGCACCUCCUUAUUCAUACCCUCAAACGGCUGCACCUCCUUAUUCAUACCCUCAAACGGCUGCACCUUCUAAUCCAUACCCUCAAACGGCUGCAACUCCUAAUCCAUACCCUCAAACGGCUGCACCAUAUGUUGCACCUCCUUAUCCAUACCCUCAAAUGCCUGCACCAUAUGCUGCAUCUCAUUAUAAUAGUGCUCCCCCUGGACCUUCUACUUAUCAAACACAUGGUUAUGGACAGGGUCCUUAUCCUCAGCAAUACUAUCAAAACCAAUGA